AUGUCGAUGGUUUCCAUCCCAGGACAACUGGAUGAAACUCGGAGUGAAGAUGUCCCAGAGCCGCCGGUUGUACCGGACGUGGUGUCGCCCAAAUCCGGAAAACCGAUCGGAAUACCGACCGGAAAAGUUUUCGGUGAAAACAGUUGGCCACGGCUAUGCGGUGAUGCCAUGACACGUUUGCAAGACCAUGAGUUGCCCGGGGACACUUUUGUUUCCUUACGGUUCAAGGCGAAGAAGAACAGGGGAGCACUCUUUUUCCUUCCUUGUGUGUUGCUGGCAUUUUCGUCAGAUUCUGUCGUCUUGGUCCGUGAAACCAGCGCAGUUCCGGAUGGAAGAGGAGGCAAAACGUGCCUGUAUGGGACGCCAGCAACCGACAUCUUCACAGCAAGAACGUUCUGCCCAUCAAUUGGAGGAUUGAGCCCCUAUUACUGGAGCUUGGGAUGGUAUGGUCUCUUCCUCGCUACUUGCGUCGUUGGCUACUUUAGUGGACGGGUGAUCCGCUCAAACCGUAAAAAAAGUUUGCCUGAGAAGGAGAAGAUGCUCUCGCCAUGGUGCUAUUUCUUGGACUGCGCGCGGGCUCAAUACACAGAUAAACACUUGGCAGCUUGGUUUGUUGUGAUGACGCUUGCAUUUGUGCACUCCAUUUGUGUUCGGGUCGUUGCCACGCCUGAAAAUGAUUCCAUGCACAAUGCUUGCUUGUAUUAUGGUCAUUGGACAAAUCGCCAGGAAUACUGUCAGCCAGGAGCACUCUUGGAGCCAAGUUGGACUGUGAUCCUGCUCGCGACCUACCUGUGUUUUGCAACCGCGCUCAUGGAUCAAGGAACAAUUUUCCUGCAGGGUUUUGAUGAGCAGAAGUCCAGAGGAUGGUGCUUGGAUUGGUUGGCACAUCCAGACCCGGAGGAGAAGAGAGAAUUGUCUCCUGCAGAGAGAGACAGACGACAGGAGCAGAUUUACCCAACCAGAAUCAAGAGGUUGAACCAUGUCACAGGGGCAGCAGUGAAGUUCAAAGCGCUGAUUCGCAAACAGAUGGACAAAGCCCGCGUAAGAGAGCUGGCCCGGAACACUAGCUUGGCUGAGUUCAUGAUGUUUCCACUCUAUGCUAUGGCCUGGGUGUGGGGCUUGGAGGAGGAUGGGCCAGAGGGUGGCGACUUGGAUUUGGACGAGGACUUUGAGACCGAUCUGAACGCGAUUUUCUUGCCCAUGGAAUUCCAACAGGACUUGGAGAAAGUCCCGAAAAAAGGGGCAGCUUUCACCCAGGACCUUGAGCUUUGCGGGCCUGAUGCUCUAGUGCGCGCUUCGGCGCAGUACAUGUUGCGCACGCAUGGAUGUCCUGCGCAUGAGGAAUGGCAGGCCUUCUUGGGCCACUAUGAUGUUGCCAAAGAUGCCGUGGGCCGGUGGAAGAGAAGAACAUGUGACGUGAACAUACGCGAGGAGUAUGAAUUUUGCAAUGUUCUGAGAGGCUUGAUGAAAGCAGGAUUCUUGCGCUCGCACUCGGAGACCCUAUCCACCCAUGAUUCCGAUCAGAAGGAUCCGGAGAAGCAGAAGGUAAAGGCAAGAACCACGUUUUCAGCUUGCCUGGGCAGAGGAUGCGGAUGCCGGGGUCAUAUUGUUCUUGGGCUCUUGGCAGGACUGUUGGGCUUCUACAUCUUCUCCUUCUGGGCUCCACAAGGCGACUCGUAUGCCUGGGUGUACUACCCAGUGAACGCGACAGCGUUUGUUGAGUAUCGUUGCAAGGAAACAAAUACCACAGACAUAAAGAGCCCAUGGUGUGAGGCGCCAAGGAGCUUGCUCAUGUCUCGCACAACAUUGUGGAUUUCUCACUCUGACAUGCUCAAGAGCGUCGUGGGGGGCAACACCUUUGGAGUCGUUUUCUGCUCCAUUCUCAAGGCCUUGAUUAUUGGAAUGCUCGGAAGCAUCUUUGCAACCACCGUUGCAAAGACGGUGUCUGGUCUCCAACAAGCUUCUCACCCUAUGAUCAUCUUGGAUGGUGUUCUUGCAUGGUGGGCAAGAAAUGAUCAGAUGACUACUUGUCAUCUCCAGGUUUGGAAGCUGGCGAGGGAUUCUAUUCUUCAUAGUGAUGUAAAGAACAUUCUCGACCGCUAUGAAAAUGUUGUUCUUGCCUACCUUGCGGUGUCUUUCUGGCUCAUUACAGAUGCUGCUGCUCAGAUUGCCCUCUUCGGCAACACCCCAAAUGUAAUGGGAGGGUACACGUUGCUACUUUCCGGCGGUGCGACCUUCGUCUGUAUUCAGCAAGCUAUGCUGGUUCAGUACAACCAGAGCCAGCACAUCGCAACCUUAAAGCGCUUGAAAGAGGCUACAUACUUCAGUGGUGCAGAACCAGAUCGACAACACCAAAGACAAGUUUUAGACGCAAUGAUUGCUAGAAUGAAAGAUGGCGGAGACUAUCAGACAAAGAUGCUGUACAUGCCGUUGAAUCCGGUGUUUCAGAAGACCCUGUUUGGCUACUUCGUGACAGCUUCCUUUGCAGUUGUUCUUCGCCUAGUCUCAGAAGCCUUCAGUCGAAGGGCAAGUGCGGUCGACUGGGGCGUGCUUGCCCCCGCCAAUGCCUCCACGGCGGUUGAAUGGAUGGCCGGAGAACAGCAAAUCUCCAUGACAAUUGGCGGAUACUAG